GACGUUUUCUCUGCUGCGUUCACAUCAUUCCGGACUCGAGAAUACACGGCGGUCCCCGAAGUGCCCUCGCCAGCGCCUGAACAUUACUAUUUUCUAAGGUAAGAGGAUUAUUAAGAGGGGAAAGGGAAAAGGGUGCCUGCAGAUGUCCUGUUUGUUCUCUUAGGGUUGCUCUCCUGUACAAAUGAAUGAAUGAAUGCCUCGUAGACGGGCCUCAUCCCCCGUUGUCCCCUUCUCCGCCCAUUUCUCUCGCUUUCUUCUCACUCACCCCUUCCAUGCUGAUCCGCCCGUUGCGCAGUGUGACUAAUAUGGCAAACAGUCUCGUGACCGGCGCUGCCCGGCUUAGGGCUUCACCAUGCCCGCUGUCCAUGAGGAUCUAGCCUCCGCGGUAUUCCCUACCGACACGGACUUUUCGCCGGAGAUCUUUCCUCGGCAAGUUACCCUGAGGGAUCGUGUUACCGUCGCGACCCUGGUGCCCAUCUCGCCAUGUGACGACAUCCCUCGGUCCCUGCUGGCCUACCUGUCCGACCAGCUGAACAAGGAAAUCGAGAAAGGCGACACCUAUGCCAUGAUCGAUGCCAUCCCUUUGAGUCAGUUCCAAUCCUACUGGUUUUCCAACUUCGGCGCCAUCAUGCUGCUGGGCGACUUCAAGAGCGUCCUGGACAUCCAAGCCAUGGACCGGGCCGGGGCCAACUGGACCAAGAUCUGUCUGGGGAGUUUCAACGUGAGACCCAAUUACCCCGGCCGUAGUAGUCAUGUCUGCAACGGGAUGUUUCUGGUGACCGACGCGGCUCGAAAUAGGGGUGUGGGUAGAUUGAUGGGUGAAGGGUACCUGGACUGGGCCCCGAGAUUGGGUUAUACAUACGCAGUCUUCAACCUGGUCUACGAGAGCAACGUUGCUUCUUGUCGUAUCUGGGAUGCUCUAGGGUUCAAACGAAUUGGAAAGGUUCCGGGAGGAGGCCGACUUCUAUCCAAUCCGGGCCAAUAUGUCGACGCGAUCAUCUAUGGGCGGGAUCUUGGUCCCGAGGGAGAAGAUUCCGUCACGCAGGAUCGCUUCGACAAGAUCCGGUAUUAUCUGAAACACUCGAAAUACCCCAGAGGAGCUGAUCGCGCCGAGAAGAGUCGACUGCGGAGCGCAGCGACGCAUUACAAGCUGAUCGGCGGCGAUGACGGGGAUAACGAGAAAUUGAUGCUGAAAGACAAGGAGGUAGUGUCAGACCCGCAGCAGCAGUAUGAUAUCGCGCGUGAUAUGCACGUUCAACAGCAUGCGGGAAUCAACAAGACCACCGCGGCAAUCGCUGUCAAAUACCAUUGGGUCAGGAUCAAGGAAACCGUCAGUCGAGUCAUCAGAGAUUGUCCCCAGUGCAAGGAGACGCUCAAGUCACCUUUAGCCAAUGGUCUUUUCCGGACGGAAGACCAACUGGACAAUGAUGAUCAACCCGGCACUCGGGAGAGUGACAGGAGCAACGAGAACGAUAUGGAUCCAAAAGACCUGAGCCACGACAUCGAGCACGACAUUAACCAUGACAUCAGCCAUGAAUUGAAUCACGAGAUAAGCCAUAGUAUGAAUCAUGACAUGAGCCAUGAGAAUGACAUGAACCACGCCGGCGAUCUGAACCAUGACGCCGACCUGAAUCUGGCGUCCAGUGCAGCAGCCAUGGGCGCCAAUCCGCUGCUGGAUCAUAGCUCGCUGGAUGUUCACCAGAGUCACAAUCCCUUCGUGACGCCCCAUCCGUCUGUCGUGCAAGGGUCCUUGGACGCCAUCGGCGACUACACGACCAUGCCUCUGGACCCGCAAAUCAUUGACAUCCAUCAUCAACUUCCUCGAUUUCAGCCCCACGAUGCCAUGACCGACCCCUAUGCACAUGACGCUCAUGGAUUAUCAACCACAAAUUUCGACGACGACGUACGACAUCAUGCAGCCCAUGAUUACCAUAUGAUGGUAGACGACGCUACGGACCCGGGAGGGACGCUGCAUCAGGACGCGCUGGCACUGGUACAUUCGCAAGCCAGCGACGUACAUCACGAGCAGAUAUUAGCCAAGUAUCAAUAUGUCGGACCGACAGACGAUGAUUUGGAUUUUACAUAGUCCUGCUCUUUUUUUUCUUUUCUCUUUUUUUCCCCAGCAUAACGGGCGUUGAGCGUUUCGGGUUAUGCCUGCAUUACGAUCUAUUACCUAGUCUUAAAUGGUGGAGGGAGGGCCUGUGUAAUUUAUUGCAGACAUAUAUAGAAGGAACAUGCUUGUAGAUCAAGCAGAAGAAUACACUCGCAUAAUCAUUACCAG